AAAUGGAAGCUCUGUGGAUAAAAGAGGACCUUUUCUUCUACAACAUAAAUUACACACUAACAUUUUACUAAUUACUAAAGUGCACGGACUACAACCACAGAUAUAAGUACAUAUCUAUGACUACAACUACCACAAGGAUGCUUUUUAAAAAAUGCACGGCGGUAGUUAUCGGCCUACGGCGAGUAACUCAAACGUGACGUUAUAUAAAGAGUCCACGUGACCGUGCGCGAGAGGAACGUUUGACGGAACAGCUGACGGCCGGACUGAGGGGCCGAGGGCGGGUCACCACAACGCUUUUCGGAACAAAAUAACUGCGCUGUUUUCCAUACGACCGUACACAUUUGGAGGGACCAUGGCUUCAGCGAAGUGCUCGAGAUAUUCACUGUACUGGGAGGAGACUGAGUGCCUGAGCUACUAUGAGAUGCUGUCCCUGCAUGAAAUCUUUGAAAUCGUGGGCUCCCAACUCACAGAGACCGAUGUUGAGGUUUUGUCCUUUCUCCUUGAUGAAGCUUAUCCUGGAAAACAUCCCCUCGAUCCAGAGGGAUGGACUGAUGAGCUGCCUCCAGGGCCUGACGGGCCUUCACAGGGAAAUUCUCCAUGUCCUCGGCUUGUGAAGACAUGGCGAAGAAUACAGCCGCAAAAUGAGGUGUGCUCAGUCGCUGGCCGCCACAGACCCAAGAGUGGUGUUGAACUGCUGUUGGAGUUGGAGAGGCGAGGAUACUUGAGCGAAGCGAACCUCAAACCUUUAUUGCAGUUGCUACGAAUUCUGACACGGCACGAUGUCUUGCCUUUUGUCUCACAAAAGAAAAGAAGAACAGUGUCUCCAGAGCGGGAAAAGGCAAAAUACCAAGCGGUGGAUACCAGAAGGGAUGCACAUUUCAGCUCAAACACCGAUAUACCGUCCUUGGAAAACACUCAAGACCACCAGUGGAGAGCAGGGACUGGGUCUGUGACAACCACCCCUGUCCGACGGAAGCGAGGUAGAGGUCACCAAUGGAGCAGAAAAUCUAGGGGCAAGCCUGAAAUCCAACCUCAACCAACACCCAACAAAGUGACCUGCGAUGUCCGGCUGCGUGUGCGUGCGGAGUAUUCGGAGCACGAGUCGGCUCUUCGUGGAGGAGUUUCUUCAGACAAGCAGCAGCCGUUGGAGAGGCAGUUUGAACUGUUCAGCCGAGCGAGCAUGCUGCUUCGUACCCGGGAUCUGGGCUCUAUUGUUUGUGAUAUCAAGUUCUCAGAACUUGCCAACCUGGAUGCCUUCUGGGCAGACUAUCUGAGCGGGGCACUGCUCGAGGCACUGAAAGGAGUCUUCAUCACGGACUCUUUGAAAAGGGCAGCAGGGCAGGAAGGGGUCCGGCUGCUUGUCAGUGUGGAUCAGGAUGAUUACGAGGAGGGCAGGAAACUGUUGCUCAGAAGCCAGGCACAUAAUUGGACAAACUGGGGAACGCAAAGUUUGCCCUGAGAAAUGUCAGUUUCACUUGGGACCUUCAGCUAUGAUGGAUGAAGAUGUUUCGCCUUUUUUUAUUUCAGUGCCCAUUGAGUGUUGGUGACCCUGAGAAGGAGAGCCUGCUGGAACAGUCUAGAUUAAACUGGGCAGCCGUUUUGUUGGACACUUAACUGUUUCUGAAGUAAAAUGAUUCCUGAGUGUUCAGAGGUUACGUUCAGAUGUAGCUCUCUCUCUCUGUCUCUGUCUCUCUCUCUGUCUCCGUCUCUCUGUCUCCGUCUCUCUGUGUCUCUCUCUCUCUCUCUCUCUCUCUCUCUCUCUCUCUCUCUCUCUCUCUCUCUCUCUCUUUGCUGCAGGUCAGUUUAAACAUAGACAAACACAUACCCAUAGAAAACUUGAAGUUGGACGUUCUGUACCGCUUGGUCUCCCACAGGUGGUUUGUGGAUAGAAGUUUUUUUUUUUCAAAUGUAAUGACACAAAAUGAACCACUUCAAGUUAUGUGUUUACCUUUGUUUGGGAAAUUUAAAAUGACCUCUGAUAAAAGAGAGGACUGAUGGGGAUAUAUCUAACCCAAAAGGAUAAACAAGUCAAAGAAUGAUUAAUAAACAUUCAGAUGAGCAGUUAACAAAAAUAUUAUGUCAGGAUUUUUAUUAUAUCUCCUGUUUGAAAAGGUUUUCUAAAGACUGAAUGGUAACUUCUUAAAGAGUUUGGUAUGUCUGGUAUGUUUGGUAACAGUGCUUCAGAUGAACAAACGCACUCUUCCACCAUUGGACCGUUUAAGAUGUUGUGUAAUUAAACUGCUCCAGAGUGCUCUGUUGUACUGCUUAUAAAAGUCAACUUAGAUCACUCUGGAAAUCCCUCAUACAGUACCAGACUGGAACGAAUCUAUCAAAGUGGCCAAAUUUGAAGCUGUAUUGAGGAUGGGGAAAUACCACAAGAUGGAACAGAGAUUAACUCCGUGUUUUUUGUUUUUUUUGUUUUUUUUUUUACAACAAAGACUUUCUACAGUGUGCACCACUGUGAGAUUACAUGCGUCCCAACAUCUGUUAUUUGUCUCAGAAACAAGGUCAUGGAUUUUCAAGGCCUUCGGAUGCCUUAGAAUGGUAGAAAAAUGAUUGUUAAUUAUAAUUAGAUGACCGCCGAUUUGACACCAGCCUUGAGACACUGUUGGAUUAACCUCUAGUCAUGUUUCUGGACUAGUGUGUUCUUAUUAAGAAGGAAUGUGUUCGUCUUUCUUUUUGUUAUAUUUGUACUCUUAAGACAAAAAAAAGCAAAGAAGAUAAAGGUCCAGAGGUAUUCAGUGGUAAUUCAGUUAGAAACGGUGCUGUCACAGAUGUGAGUGAAUUGGGAGUAAAACAUUGAAUGCUUUUGUGUUUUCAUGUUUUUGUUUAAAAUGUUAUUACUUGAUAUUGUUUUGAAAUAUAUAUACCUUUAAUUUAUGUAACUACAUAAUAAAAUAAUUGUUUUUCUGA